UUCGUUUCUACUUUUCAAAAAGACUUUUAAAUGGAAGAGAAAGAAAACAAAAAAAUUUUAGAAAAAAUGCAAUGAAAUAACAAAUUUUAAAUUUAAAUCAUUACAUCUAUUUAUACAUUUCCUCUUUUUCCAUUCACUACUCAUCACUCAUCACUAGAUAAACUCUUAAUUACAUUCUUAAUUAUAUUCGAAAAAUCACUCCAAAAUGUCUGCUGCUGCAGCUUCUUCUCUACCAAAGACUAUAUCCGUCGCUGGUCGCACAAUUUUUGCAAGCAAUAUUGCAAAACAAUACAUCAAUGAAGUCUCUCUUGGUGUUAAAAAACUACGCAGGUCUCCAACCUUGGUUGGUUUCCUAGCCUCUUCUGAUCCUGCUGCCAAAGUCUAUGCAAACUGGACUGGCAAAACUAGUGAGUCCAUCGGCUUUAAAUACUCCUUGAAACAAGUUGCAAAGGAAAAACUCGAAGAAGAAAUCAUUAAAGCAAAUAACGACCCACUGGUCGAUGGUAUAAUGGUUUAUUUUCCUGUCUUUGGGGGAACUCAAGACCAGUAUAUUCAAGAAGUUGUAUCCAUGCAAAAGGACGUCGAGGGUUUAAACCAUCAGUAUAUCUCAAACAUGUACAAAAACAUCAGAUUCUUGAACAAUGACCCCAAUAUUAAAUCAAUCCUACCUUGCACUCCUCUAGCUAUAGUUAAAAUCUUGGAAUACUUGAGGGUCUACAACAAUCUACUCACAUAUGGAAACAGACUAUACGGUAAAAAUAUUCUCAUUGUCAACAGAUCUGAAAUUGUUGGGAGACCAUUAGCUGCUUUACUAGCCAACGAUGGUGCAACUGUCUACUCUGUAGAUUUAACUGGUAUCCAACGAUUCACCAGGGGCAAAGGCUUGCGACUAAUUCAGCAUCAAGUAUCUGAUGUGUUCGAUUUAUCUUUAAAAGAAAUUGCUCUAAGUUCAGACGUAAUUAUAACUGGUGUACCUUCUCCUAACUACAAAUUCCCAACUGAAUAUAUAAACGACGGUACUAUUUGUAUUAAUUUCUCUAGUGAAAACAAUUUUAAUCCUGAUGUUAAAGAAAAGGCCUCCUUAUAUGUCCCCAAAAUCGGUAAAGUUACAAUUGCAAUGCUAUUAAGAAAUUUAUUGCGUCUAAUCGAAAAUAAAACUCAAUCAGCCAAUUCUAUCGACUCUUCAAUCUCCAAUCCUGCUUCUGAUAUAUCUUCAAAUCAAACCAAAAAUCCUACAAAUCCUCCUCCUUCUUCCCAAGUUCAAAAACCAAUAAUGAUAUCAAAGGCAACCGAUACAUCUGAUUUAAAUUUAUCUUCUUGAUCUAUCUCAAUCUAUAUUUAUAUCUCUUAUUAUUAUAUCCUAAGUAACCUUGAACUAAUUAUCUUGUUUUCAUAAUUUUUAUUCUUAUUUAUACAUAGCUAGAAUUCAUAUCUCUCUUUUUUUUUUGUCUAUUUUUUAUUAAUGUAAGACUUAUUUAUAAAUGUUGUUAACCCA